AUGACACACUUCAACAAGCUCAACAUCUGGUCGAUCAUCAUUCUCUCCUUUGGAGCUUUCUUCUACGGCUAUGACUCGGGCCUGACCACCUCUAUUCUGGGAUAUCCUCAGUUCAUAUCCUACUUCAACUUCAAUUCCAAUACUAUUGGGGCUCUAGGAUCAUGUUACUACGCAGGUAGCUUCUUUGGUUCUGGCCUGAACUUUUGGCUUCCGGAUCGAUAUGGCCGGAAGCCCACCAUCUACAUCGCCUGCAUUGUGGCUAUAAUUGGAGCCAUCCUUCAAACUGCCGCCCAGAACAUCGAGAUGCUCUUUGUUGGCCGCGUAAUAGGAGGAAUUGCAAGUGGCAUUGUCUUUGGCGUGUGCCCGAUGUUCAUGUCCGAAAUCUCUCCUCCGGAAUUCCGCGGGAGAGUUGGUGGUCUUUAUAACUUGAAUAUCAACCUGGGCUACACACUCACCGAAUGGAUGGGUCUUGGAUUCAGCUACAUCAGCUCUGAUGUCGCCUGGCGAUUGUUUUUGGGGUUGCAGCAUGUCCCGCCCGUUUUGAUGGCCGCCUGCGUCCCUCUGCUACCAGAAUCGCCCCGAUUUCUCAUCAUGAGAGGACGCUACGACGAGGCACUGGAAGUCAUUACGAAGCUCCACGGUGCCCCCGGAGUGGAUGACGACUUCUACAUCCGAGAAUUCAACCAGAUCAAAGCGCAGCACGAGCUCGAAGUCCGCGAACGCGUGGGCAUCCGCACCGUUCUUCGCAAACCGUCGUACCGCAAGCGAAUGUUCAUCGUGGUCUUCCAGUUCGCUUUCGCCAUGUUUACAGGUAUCAUCCCGCUCCAGAACUACCAGUUCAUCCUGUACACCUACCUCGGCGUCACCAACAAGACGGCCCUUGUUAUGGUCGGUGUCUGGGGCACUUGCGGCGUCAUCUUCUGCACCAUCGGUGCUCUGCUGUUUGACAAGCUUGGCCGCCGAGUGUCUCUGCUGAUAUCUCUGUGGGUGCAAUUCCUGGCAUCGAUCGCCAUGGUUAUCUUCUGGGCACGAUUCCAACUUUCCGGAAACACCAAUAUGCUCCUCGGUCGCUUCACUGUUGGCUUCAUGUUUGUCUACCUUAUUGGCUACGCUUUCAUCAUGAACGCAUUCGGAUACACAUACCCGUCGGAAAUCAUGCCGACGCCAAUCCGCGCAGCCGGCAACGCCGUGGCGUUCUGCACCUUCAACGCCAUCACGAUCAUGCUGGUCCAAGUCACGCCGAUCGCCGUCGAGAAGAUUGCGUGGCGCUAUUUCCUCAUCUUCAUCAUCACCGACGCCAUCUUCAUCACGGUCGUGUACCUGGUCUACCCGGAGACGGUCGGCAAGACUCUGGAGGAAAUUGCGGCGCUGUUCGGCGACGAGGUGGCCGUCGAUAUCCACGAGGCACACCAUUACCCGGAUACGGCGGAGACGAAAGGCGAAAAGGCUACUACCGAGGUGACCGAGGCUGAGAGAGUCGAAGACGUGGUCGGCGACAAGGGCCACAGUCACUCCCAGUAG